AUGGAAAUUGCCGCAACAGCUGAUGCGACAGUGGGGCCCACUAGGCUGUAUUGUUGUAUCCGGGUCUGGGUUGGUUGGGCUGCAUAUAUGGUUGAGCCCCAAAUAAUAACCCCAUUCGGAUGGCCCAAAUUGCAGAAGAGAAGAACGCUCAAGGCAAUUCGACCAGUCGCGGAGCAGAAGUUGCUGAACCAGAUAAAGUAUAAGAAAUUUGGAUUGAACAUUGAGUUGAAAGAGGGAAGAGUAUAG